AAUGAAACCAAACAAGUCCUUAAUAUAUGCAACAUAUAAACUAAACUGUCAUGGACAUCCGAUAUGUUGUCUUCCUGACCUCAUCACGCCCGCUCAUCUCAAAGAUCUCAGCCGCCGUCGUCUCCGUCGCUCCGCCGCACCUCCCCCCAUCACCGCCUCUCUAAAACCCUAAUCCCUAGCCGCCAUGGCGGCUGUUGCGGCGGCCACCUCGCACCUCCUACGCCACCACCGCAACCCCCACCUUCUCCUCCUCCGCGCAGCGAUCUCAUCCUCCCGUGCUUUGCCCCAGCAGCCGGAGCUGUCCCCCGACCCGACCGCCGGCACCCCCGACCUCGCCGGCGCGGCCCCACUCCCUCCAAACCCCAGCACGGGGAGCCCCUUCUACACCCAGAACUGGCGCAACCCAGCCGCCGCCAACCCGCCCUCCUCGCUUCUGCCCACCGUCGUCGCCGGCAGCCCCUUCGGGGCGCAGCACUUCAUGGCCGCCUUCUACGAUGCACCCGACGUCACGGGGCUCAAGGAGACGUUCGCCAAGUAUAUGGCGGAGCAGCGGUGGGAAGACAUGAAGCAUCUGUUCGACCACUGGGUGCGCUCCCUCGACGCCGCCACGGGGAAGCCCAACCACCCCGACGUCGACCUCUUCAAUCACUACCUCCGCGCCAACCUCAUGACCAGGGCCCUGCCGCACGAGAUGCUCGAUCUCGCUGACCACAUGCUCGAGUUCGAGCUCCAACCCAACGCUGCAUCGUACAACCUCGUGCUCAAGAGCAUGGUCGCCAGCCAGGAGACCGAGGGCGCCGAGAAGCUCAUUGAACGGAUGCUGCAAACAGGAACAUUUCCAGACGAUGAAUCCUACAAUUUGGUUGUAGGCCUGCUUAUCAGACAGAACCUCGUCGAUUCAUCUCUGAAGUAUUUGGAUCUGAUGCUUAAAUCGGGCUACACGUUAUCACUAACUGUUUUCACAGAUUAUAUCCGAGCAUGUAUGAGAUCUGGGAGGUUGGACACGUUGACAUCAAUUAUAGAGAAAUGCAAGACAACUGAUAAGAACAAAGUCUUGUGUCCGGAAUGGACUUGGUGCAUUGACAUAGCAGAUGCUGCAUUUGAAGCUAACAACAGCAAAUUAGCUCUUUUUGCUUUGGAAUAUCUUGCAAGAUGGAUUGCUCGUGGUGAGAAUGUUAAACCUCCUGUUCAGCUGUCAGUUAAUGAAGGUCUUGUAAUAUCAGCUCUGAGUGCUGCUGGCAGAACUUAUAAUACUGACCUCUUGAAUGCUGCUUGGUCGCUAUUACGGAAAUCCCUGCGCCAGAAAAGGGCACCCACCCCAGAGACAUAUCUUGCCAAGAUCUAUGCUCAUUCAUCAAUUGGCCAGCUUCAAAGGGCUUUUGGUACAUUGCGUGAAUUUGAAAAUGCCUAUGGGAACUCUGAGGACAUUGAUUUAGAGCUCUUCUCACCAUUUACUUCUUUGCAUCCUCUUGUUGUUGCUUGCUGCAAAGAUGGCUUUAGCACAUUGGAUUCGGUGUAUGGUCAGUUGGAGAAUCUGAUACAUGCUGAUCCACCGUACAAAUCUCUUGCUGCUCUCAACUGUGUUGUAUUGGGGUGUGCAAACAUUUGGGAUAUUAAUCGAGCUUAUGAAACUUUUGUGGCUAUUAAGGAAAAAUUUGACCUCACUCCAGACAUUCAUUCAUACAAUGCUCUUCUGUGUGCAUUUGGGAAGUUGAAACAGACAGGAGAAGCAUGUAAUGUGUUCCAGCAUGUAUUAACUCUUGGUGUUAAGCCAAAUGCAACGACAUACUCCUUGCUUGUCGAUGCCCAUCUUGCAAACAAAGAUCCAAAAGCUGCUCUUGCCAUAAUUGAUGAGAUGGUUGAUGCUGGCUUCACUCCUUCCAAGGAUACCCUCAGGAAGGUUCGAAGACGGUGCUCUCGUGAAUCAGACUUCGACAGUGACGAGAAAGUCCAGUCCCUGGCAAAGCAGUUCAACUACCGAAUGGGUGGUGAGAACCGUAGAGAGAUGCUUUAUAGCAUAGAAUACAAUCCUGUGUACUGAAACAGUAAGUACUUGUUCAUCUGUUGGAUUUUGCCCAUGUAGUGGUUGGUUAUGUUUUCACCCUGACAAUUAGUGUUGCAUCUUGCUAGUUAUGCUUUCCUGGCUGUUUCUCCUGACUGGUGUUGUCUUCAUUUUGAUAAGCAGUUGCUACUGAGUUUGCUAGCCAUUGGGAGAGCACAGACAUUGCAGCUUGUAAAUUACUUGGAUGUACCAGGAUUCUUAAGCAAAUUUUCAGUUUCUCGAUCAUCAUUUGUGCUCGCAGGGUUCGUUUUAGGACUUGCUAAUAAGAUGACACUUUGAGUCUGUUUGGUUGUCAGGACCAGCAUAUCCUGGUCAAAGCCCAGAUGCAGGCUGGGCAUAGCCUGCAUGCAUUCGUGCAAAUCAAAACAACUCUACUUGUUUGGUUGUUUGUCCACAAUUAACCAGGAUCA